CAUUCUUGAAACCGAAGAAGACACCCGGAAAUAGUACCAACAUGGCGGAAUGUGAAACAAGCGAGAGCGACAAACAGGAUUCGCUUUCAGAUGCCGAAGCUCCCAAAUUAUCAGAUUUAUUUGACCGUGGGUGGAAGAUAUUUGAUGAGGUCGACAAUACAAAUGAUCCUCUUGCUUCAAACAGUGUUCAGGUAAGAGUGAGACGCGCGAUUAGUAUGUUAGAAGAUACAUCGCGAAUGGCUGCUCAGCUGAACUUGUUUAGUCGCAAUGAAGAAUUGGAGGAAAUUGCUACAGCGGACCUGAAAUAUCUGUUGAGUCCCGCUCUGUUGGGAGCCCUGACCAUGAAAGUUACAGGUCGAGAGAAGCGUUUGGAGAUUGUGCAAACUGCCCGAGCCUAUUUUAUGGAUUUCCUGAGAAGAUGUAAAGACUAUAACGUAUCACAGUUCACUCUGCCGGAGUCUGGAAAUGAAAGUACACUUCCCGAAGAAUCCUCAGAGGAUGCAACCUCCACCUGCAUGACGCCUAUGCCCAGCACAUCUAGCUUGGUUGCCAUGGCCACACAAAGGCAAGCUAAAAUUGAGCGAUACAGCCAGAAGAAGGAGCUGGAGGCCAGACUGUCAGAUGUGCGGAGGUCGGUGGAGAGCGGACAGGCGGACGAUGAAACCAGCAGAGAUUUCUACUUGCUGAAUGUUCGAAAAUGGAUCAUUCUUUGCCUGGAUGAAGUACAGAGCAUAGACCAAGAGAUGGAAAUACUGAAGAAUAUGGAUCUGAUGCAACUUGGCGCCCCACAGCCCGCUCGACCCAGCAGGCCCCCCAUGAAACCAUUCAUCCUAACCAAGGAUGCUUUACAGGCUCAGGUGUUUGGGUCUGGUUAUCCAAGCCUUCCUACAAUGACUGUAAAUGACUGGUAUGAUCAGCACAAGAAACACGGAGUCCUGCCCGACCAGGGAGUUCCCAGAAGGCUUGCGGUUGAGGAGGACACUGAUGCGAAGGAAAGUGAAGAAGAAGAAAAAGAGAAAUUGGCUGAAAACGAUGACGAGGAGGCUUUGAUGAAAGCCAGGAAGUGGGAUGACUGGAAAGACGAUCAUCGCAGGGGUUAUGGAAAUCGCCAAAACAUGGGCUAAUUGCUUCCAAUACCAACUGCCCAAACAUGCCUUGUUAUGUGGAUACGUGUCAGAAACUCUCAGAAAAACUGUUGAUAUUUAUAGUUUGCUUCUCACCAUGUUUCUUCAACAGAUGGAUAGACGUGCCACUGAGUUAUUCAUUUUAAAAUUUCAAUUUUCAGUCCGUUUAAAAUGAAGAUGUAUGUGAAAUUAUCAAUGUAUUAAAAUUUACUUUUUCAUUUGACGACUCCAGGGGUCUGCAAGUCCAGUCCACGAGAGCCGCUAUCCAGCUUGUUUUCCACGUCUCCCUCCUUUAAGACACCUGAAUCAAAUGACCAGCUCAUCAGCAAGCUCUGCAGGAGCCUGAUAACGAUCUGAUUAUUGAUUCAGGUGUGUU